UAGUGCUGGACAGACCAAGGCCUAGCACACUGGCUACGGAGCCCUAGCAGAUUCCUGUCCCCACAUUGAGCCAGGAGGGGUCGCUGCCCAGGGAUACCUACAGCCAUACUCGAGCUGGACAAGGCGCACGCUCUUGGUGGAAGCAAACACGUCCACCACCGCGUAGAGGGGCUGCGCAGCUGGCAGCCCCCGGGCGCUGGGGCCCAUGUCCUCGCCGUUGAUGAUAAUGUGCAUGUCGGCCGUGCCAUCCGGGCGCGGGCAGAAGAGGACGCCCAGGCGGCUACGGCGCGCCGUCGGAGGCAGCACGUUCAGCUCAUAGAGCUGGUCCAAGAGAUGGCUGUAGAGCCCUGGCCGGCUGCGGCCCACCAGGCGGUCCCGGGGAAUGCGAAACUGCUCAAUGCGCAGAUAUGGUUCCACCAGGAGGGUUGGAGGUCGGCUGGGGGCCGCUGCCUCCGCCUCCGGGCGGCCCUCCCGGGGCACGCGGUUGUGGUGGCGCGUGAUGGCGAAGACCCAGGUGUGGCCCAGGUUGACCAGGUCGGGCAGAGAAAACUCGGGAACGGGGGCCAGACUGGCGGGGUCCAGCGCCGUCAGACCAAGACGCAGAUGUCCGCACCAGCCCAACUCUUUCUCUUCGAUCUCGACCAGGAAGACCUGGCCCGGGGCCAGCGGCUCACGGCUGAAGCACACGCCGUGGGCGAAGCUCUCCACGCGUGUGGCCCGCGUCCCAGAGGGGUCCACGCGGAUGUUGUCACCGUGCACCCGAUGGAAGCGGGUGGGAGGGGGCUGCGGGCGCGCGGGUCCCCAGAGUGCACCCGAAUCCACGGGCUCGGAGGCAGCAGCCAUCUCUCGGCCAUAAGGCAGGCCAGCGGGCGCCGGGGGCUAUUUUGGGCAGCGGGCUCAGAUGGUGACCGCAAGGGGACCUUGUAAGGCAUUUCCCACCUGCCUCCCUUCCUCGAGCCUCUGCCCGGGGGUCCUAGCGCCGCUUGCUCAGCCAUCCCGCCUAGAACUUGGCCGUCCACACCCAGAUCAUCUGAUCGCGUGCGUCCGGGCUACGAUCCGCGAGGCCCGCGGACCUUGACCUGGCAUUGACCGCCACCGCCCCCCAGGCCGGUAGGGACCAAAGAAGGGGCGGGAGGAAGACUGUCACGUGGCGCCGGAGUUCACGUGACUCGGAGUACACAUGACUUCCAGACCCCGGGCGCCUCCUGGAGAGCAAGGACACGGGGGAGCAGAGGUGAGCUGGCACCGGAGGCUGGAGGGGAUCCCCAAGCCCGGGAUCGAUGAUCCGAGCCGCGCCACCGCCGCUGUUCCUGCUGCUGCUGCUGCUAGUGUCCUGGGCGCCCCGAGGAGAGGCAGCCCCCGACCAGGACGAGAUCCAGCGCCUCCCCGGACUGGCCAAGCAGCCGUCCUUCCGCCAGUACUCCGGCUACCUCAAAGGCUCCGGCUCCAAGCACCUCCACUACUGGUUUGUAGAGUCCCAGAAGGAUCCCGAGAACAGCCCUGUGGUGCUUUGGCUCAAUGGGGGUCCCGGCUGCAGCUCCCUAGAUGGGCUCCUCACAGAGCAUGGCCCCUUCCUGGUCCAGCCAGAUGGUGUCACCCUGGAGUACAACCCUUAUUCUUGGAAUCUGAUUGCCAAUGUGUUAUACCUGGAGUCCCCAGCUGGGGUGGGCUUCUCCUACUCCGAUGACAAGUUUUAUGCAACUAAUGACACUGAGGUCGCCCAGAGCAAUUUUGAGGCCCUUCAAGAUUUCUUCCACCUCUUUCCGGAGUACAAGAACAACAAACUUUUCCUGACCGGAGAGAGCUAUGCUGGCAUCUACAUCCCCACCCUGGCCGUGCUGGUCAUGCAGGACCCCAGCAUGAACCUUCAGGGGCUGGCUGUGGGCAAUGGACUCUCCUCCUAUGAGCAGAAUGACAACUCCCUGGUCUACUUUGCCUACUACCAUGGCCUUCUGGGGAACAGGCUUUGGUCUUCUCUCCAGACCCACUGCUGCUCUCAAAACAAGUGUAAUUUCUAUGACAACAAAGACCCGGAAUGCGUGACCAAUCUUCAGGAAGUGGCCCGCAUCGUGGGCAACUCUGGCCUCAACAUCUACAACCUCUAUGCCCCUUGUGCUGGAGGGGUGCCCAGCCAUUUUAGGUAUGAGAAGGACACUGUUGUGGUCCAGGAUUUGGGCAACAUCUUCACUCGCCUGCCACUCAAGCGGACGUGGCAUCAGGCAUUGCUGCGCUCAGGGGAUAAAGUGCGCAUGGACCCCCCCUGCACCAACACGACAGCUGCUUCUACCUACCUCAACAACCCGUAUGUGCGGAAGGCCCUCCACAUCCCGGAACAGCUGCCGCAAUGGGACAUGUGCAACUUUCUGGUAAACUUACAGUACCGCCGUCUCUACCGAAGCAUGAACUCCCAGUAUCUGAAGCUGCUUAGCUCACAGAAAUACCAGAUCCUGUUAUAUAAUGGAGAUGUAGACAUGGCCUGCAAUUUCAUGGGGGAUGAGUGGUUUGUGGAUUCCCUCAACCAGAAGAUGGAGGUGCAACGCCGGCCCUGGUUAGUGAAGUAUGGGGACAGUGGGGAGCAGAUUGCCGGCUUCGUGAAGGAGUUCUCCCACAUCGCCUUUCUCACGAUCAAGGGCGCCGGCCACAUGGUUCCCACCGACAAGCCCCUCGCUGCCUUCACCAUGUUCUCUCGCUUCCUGAACAAGCAGCCAUACUGAGGACCACAGCAACCAGCUCCACGGCCUGAUGCGGCCCCUCCCAGCCACUCCUGCUAGGAGAGUCUUCUUCUAAGCAAAGUGCCCCUGCAGGCCAGGUUCUGCCUUCAGGACUGCCCCCUUCCCACAGCCCUGUGCAUCCCAGACUGGGCCAGGGUCUCCCAUAGACAGUCUGGGGGCAAGUUAGCACUUUAUUCCCAUAGCAGUUCCUGAAUGGGGUGGCCUGGCCCCCUCUCUGCUUAAAGAAUGCCCUUUAUGAUGCACUGAUCCCAUCCCAGGAACCCAACAGAGCUCAGGACAGCCCACAGGGAGGUGGUGGACGGACUGUAAUUGAUGGAUUGACUGAUUAUGGAAUUAAAUUGGGUACAGCUUCAAA